AUGACCCUACCCCAGCAAGCACCCAGUAUAAGUACCAUCCACAUCUAUCUCUCCUCGAGCACCAUUAUCAUCAGAGUUAAGAACAUCCUACAAACAAUUAACAACCCUACAAAAACAAUGACAGACAACCUCGCUGUUGAACAAGCCGCCAACCUCCCCCGCCGCGGGAGAGCAAGUAGCGGCGAGCGGGACAACCGCCUCCUAAGACAAGCAGCAGACACCCGCUCAACCAUCAACACCAGCAACACGCGCAACCGACGUAGUUCGCGGCGCCCUCCCACACCGAACCGGAUGGCGGGUGUUCGUUCAGGAUCUGGGGCGAGGAGACGGUCGAAAUCUAGAUCUAGGGCGCCGUCGAAGUCGAGGUCCCGGGAGAGGAGGAUUGGUGAUUGA